AUGAGACCUCUCGUGCGAGGCCCCCCGUGUGAGACCCUCGUGCAAGACCCUCGUGCGAGACACUCGUGCGAGACCCUCGUGCAAGACCCUCAUGCAAGACCCUCGUGCGAGACCCCUCGUGCGAGACCCUCGUGCGAGGCCCCCCGUGUGAGACCCUCGUGCAAGACCCUCGUGCGAGACACUCUGUCCUGGCUCCGGCAGCGCCUCCAGGCCGACGUCGGGCCCGUGCGAGAGGCGCUGGGGACCUUGGAUGAGGCCAUGACCGCGGCCCGGACGCAGCAGCAGCGGCUGCAGCAGGAUUUGGCCUCGCUCCACGACUCCCUGGCGGAGCUCUCGCGCCCGUGUCCCCGCGGCUGGGUGCCCUUCGGCGGCAGCUGCUACUUCUUCUCGGCGACGGGGCGGCGGCGGCGCGAGGCCGAAGGCUUCUGCGGCGCCCGCGGCUCCCACCUCCUCAUCAUCAACUCGGCCGCCGAGCAGGUACUUGGAAGGAGUUCGUGGUGCGGCUACUGGCUGGGGCUCAGCGAUGCCGAGGAGGAGGGGAGCUGGCGCUGGCAGGAUGGGACCCCCCUGGGGCUCAGCUUCUGGAGCUCGGGGGAGCCCAGCGGGGGGCGGCAGGAGAACUGCGGCACCCUCCUGCCCGACGGCCGCUGGAACGACCUGGCCUGCGACCGCCCCGACUACUGGGUGCCUUGGUGGGCGUCCGAACCGACGUCCCCACCGCCGCCACCACCACGCGCAGCCCCUGCCGAGCUUGGUGGGCAUCCAAACCGACGUCCCCACCACCACCGCCACCACACACAGCCCCUGCCGAGCUUGGUGGGCGUCCGAACUGACGUCCCCACCACCGCCACCACGCGCAGCCCCUGCCGAGCGUGGUGGGCAUCCGAACCGACGCCCCCACCACUGCUGCCACCACGCGCAGCCCCCGCUGAGCUUAGGUGGCAGCGGUGUCCCCGGGGUCUCCCCGCCUCCACGGGGCUCUUCGCCCUGCUGGCAGUGGCCUUCGUCGCCUGGGGGCUGCUGCUCGGCCUCCUCCUCGCCCGCUACGCGGCGCUGACCCGGGAGAUCCAGCACCUCCGCGAGAGCCAGGGGCUGCUGGAGGCCAACGGCUCGGCGCUGGUGACGGAGCUGGAGACGCUGGCGGGGAACCAGACCCGGCUGCAGCGGCGCGGCACAGAGGUGGCGGCUCUCCUGGAGACCCUAUCAGCCAACCAGAGCCUGGCCCGUAUGGAAGUGUCCCGGACGAUGGUGGCCGUGUGGCGCGACCGCGACCGCACGCGGGAGGAGCUGCACCAGCUGCUGAAGGCCCUCUGGGAGCAACAAGGCCUGGGGUGCCGCGUGUGCCCCCCGGGCUGGCGGCUGCACGGGGGGAGCUGCUACACGCUGGGCAGCGGGACGGCGAGCUGGGCGCAGGCCCAGAGCACCUGCCGGGAGAGCGGCGCCGCCCUGGCCACCAUUGGAGACUCCCAGGAGCAGGCCUUCGUGACCAGCCUGGGCCCCCGCCAAGACGUCUGGAUUGGCCUCCACGACCGCAGCACCGAGGGCACCUUCGAGUGGGCCGACGGCUCCCCGCUGAACUACCAGAACUGGGCUUGGGGCCAACCGGACGAGGCCGGGGCGGGCGAGGACUGCGUGGCGAUGGGCCCCCACGGGAGCUGGGCCGACCGGGCAUGCGCCUCCGCCCUGGGCGCCUGGCUCUGCGAGCGCCCCUGGGCCUGCUGACGGGGGGGGGGGGCCACCUCCCGCCGCCGGGGCCACCACCCACCGCGGCGGCGGAUCCGCCAGCUCCGGCACCCACGGGACCUCCUGUACCCGUGGGACCCCCUGAACCCGUGGGACCUCCUGUACCCGUGGGACCCCCUGAACCCGUGGGACCUCCUGAACCCAUUGGCUUCCAAGAAAGGCAGAAGAUUCUAGCACCCAUGGGACCUCCUGAACCCAUGGGACCCCCUGAACACAUGGGACCUGCUGCACCCAUUGGCUUCCAAGAAAGGCAGAAGAUUCUAGCACCCGUGGGACCUCCUGAACCUGUGGGACCUCCUGAACACAUGAGACCCGCUGCACCCGUUGGCUUCCAAGAAAGGUAGAAGAUUCUAGCACCCACGGGACCCCCUGAACCCAUGGGACCCCCUGAACACAUGAGACCCGCUGCACCCGUUGGCUUCCAAGAAAGGCAGAAGAUUCUAGCACCCGUGGGACCUCCUGAACCCGUGGGACCUCCUGAACCCGUGGGACCUCCUGAACCCAUUGGCUUCCAAGAAAGGCAGAAGAUUCUAGCACCCACGGGACCCCCUGAACCCAUGGGACCCCCUGAACACAUGAGACCCGCUGCACCCGUGGGCUUCUAAGAAAGGCAGAAGAUUCUAGCACCCGUGGGACCUCCUGAACCCGUGGGACCUCCUGAACCCGUGGGACCUGCUGCACCCGUUGGCUUCCAAGAAAGGCAGAAGAUUCUAGCACCCGUGGGACCUCCUGAACCCGUGGGACCUCCUGAACCCGUGGGACCUGCUGCACCCGUUGGCUUCCAAGAAAGGCAGAAGAUUCUAGCACCCAUGGGACCUCCUGAACCCAUGGGACCCCCUGAACACAUGGGACCCGCUGCACCCAUUGGCUUCCAAGAAAGGCAGAAGACUCCAGCACCCACGGGACCUCCUGGACCAUUGGGACCUCUUGGACCCCAUGGACUCCCUGCACCUGUGGGUCUCCAAGAAAGCCAGGGGACCCCAGCACCCAUCCCCCAAGCCAUGUCCGUUCCCCCCCCCCCCCCCGCCGCCAUGCUCAGGGCCAUUGGUCGUGUAAUAAACUU